CUCUUUCUACCCUCUGAGAUUUUGAAUAGCUGCAACUGACAUUUCUAUGGACUUGAAAACAUGAGCACAGAUUUGCCAUGCGGACUCUAUUCAAAUAUAAUUGACUGCAACUAAUUUAACUCUCAACAAACUAUAAACACUGCCGGAGAAUCCAUCUGACCUCAGUACAGGAAAACAAUGAGGCCUACGACUGAGGCCCUCUGGGCAGCACUCAUGUUGGCAGGACUCCUGCAGCUCGCCUCACUUGCCUCAUCACUUGACAGCAGUGUGGACCUCUCGUCCCGGAACCUCUCCUCUGUCCCCAGAGACCUGCCACAUGGGGUUGAGUUUUUAGAUCUGUCACACAACCACAUACAGCAGCUUCACCAAGGGGACUUUCAAAACACCACUCUCCUGAGGGGUCUGAACAUGUCAGGGAACAUUUUGGAGGGGAUAGAUCCAGGGACUUUCCUCGACACGCCAUUCCUGGAGGAUCUGGACCUGUCCCACAACAGGCUGAGGAACCUGUCGGGUCAGCAGUACCUGCUGCACACAGGGAAUCUCCUGUUGUUGAAUCUGACCCGGAACUCGUUCGUCACGAUGACACUGGGGGGGUCUUUCAGUUCCCUGGUGAGACUGGAGAGAUUGGCACUUGAGGCAGAAAACAUCAGUGUGGGUGAUUUCAAGAACAUCACUGAAGUGAAACUACAAACACUGACAAUUUGUCUGGGGGAAGAGUUGGAUUAUGAGGCAGGCAGCCUGGAGGACGUUCACGCUCAAAGGCUUCAGAUAGCCUCCACCAGUAGUAAGAUUGUGGACCUUCUCCUGUACACUGAUGCUCUGUCACUCUUUGACGAAGUGGAGUUGAUGAAUUUGACAGGCAGCUACAGGGAACUUAGUAAGCAGCUUAGCCAGAUAGCAGAAAUCCGCACUUCUCAUCUUUAUCUCACCAACAUAUUAAUCAAAUGGGCAGACUUAACUCACUAUGUCAAUGUGAUUCUGCAAACAUCUAUCACUCAUCUAGAAAGCUCUGAUGUGGUCAUGUACAAUUUGCCCUAUAAAGACACUUAUGUGACCCAGAAGUCUAAAAUGAAAUCCUUUUCAAGCAGAAGGGCUGUGGUGAAAUCUUUCUUUUUCUCACAGGAGGCUGUGUACAACUUCUUCAUCAAUAUGCCGGUGGAGAGUCUCUCAAUCAGACAUACUGCAAUCAUUCACAUGACCUGCCCAAAGUCACAGAGUCCAAUCCUCCAGCUGGACUUCUCCCACUGUGCUUUAUCGGACACCAUCUUCUCCAUGGUGGAGGAACAGCAAAUUCUUGAGUGUGAGACUCUCAUUAAUUUGAGAAAAUUGAUUCUGGUCAACAACAAUCUCAAGAGUUUCCAGCUGCUGAGCCAACGCAUGCAACACAUGAAAUCCCUGCAGCAUCUUGACCUAAGUCUCAACUCCCUCUAUUACAAUGGAAUAGAUGAGUGCUUGUGGCCACCGAACAUCACCAAUAUGACUCUGUCCUCUAACCGUCUCGCAGACUCUGUUUUUAAAUGUCUACCAGAAGGAGUAGAGACGCUGGACCUCCAGAACAACCAGGUUUCCGUGGUGUUGUCACCCAUCUUAAAACUGGAAAACCUCACAUCUCUGAAUCUGAUCGCCAACAGGCUGCGGGACCUGCCUGUGUGUGACGGUUUCCCCAAACUGAACCUGCUUCUGCUCGGGUCAAAUUCCCUCCACGCCCCAUCUGUGAACAGGCUGGAGACCUGCCCCAAACUGAGAACCCUGGACGUCAGCUACAACCCCUUCACCUGCACCUGCGCUCUGAGGAGUUUCAUACGUCUUGGCAUCAACUCUGAAAGGAAGACCAGUCACACAGGAAUUGAAUUAUUGAGCUGGCCAGUGGAGUAUUACUGCACCUACCCAGAGGAUGUUAGAGACACCAUCUUGAAAGACAUCUGGAUCCCAGAGGUCACCUGCAAUGUUGGCAUCCUAGCAGCCACCAUCUUGUGCCCAGCAGUGGUAGCGCUUUUGGCAAUUGCGAUGCUGUGCCACCAUUUAGACAUUCCCUGGUACGGGAAGAUGAUCUGGCAGUGGACCAGGGCCAAACAUCGUGCCAGAACAAGACAAGUCCAACCGGAGGACCUGAUUGGUGUCGAGUUUCAUGCUUUUGUGUCUUACAGCCAGCACGACACCGACUGGGUGCACGACUCCCUCCUUCCCAACCUUGAAGGUCCUGCAGGAGGCCUCCGACUCUGCCUUCAUGAGAAACACUUUGUGCCGGGAAAGAGUGUUGUAGAGAACAUCAUCAACUGCGUGGAGAAAAGCAGGCGUUCUGUGUUUGUGCUCUCGGCUCACUUUGUAAAGAGUGACUGGUGUCACUAUGAGCUGUACUUUGCCAGCCACCAACGCCUUUCCCGGGGAUCCGACAGCAUCGUGCUGGUGUUGCUUAAGCCUCUGCCUCAAUACACGAUCCCAUCCAAGUACUAUCAGCUGAAGUCUAUGAUGGGCCGGCACACCUACUUGGAGUGGCCACAGGACCAGGCCAAGCACAGGCUGUUCUGGGCAAACCUGAGAGCUGCUCUACAGGCAGACCUGCCCAAUGCACCGGUCGUAGAGAUAGAGGAGUGACUGCACAGUUAGGGGGCUUUAAAGAGUUAAAGGAUGUGGGAAAAAGAAAUGUGAAAGUGGCAGAGGAAGUUUGCAAGAGGGAACAUAUGAGGAGUAAAGUCGUAGGAGCACAGGGGACACUGAGUGAAAAAUAAGUGUAUUGUUUUUUUGUAUUCCUUUAACACGAGUCUACUUAGGAGCUGAAGACAAACUGUUGUUUUAAGUUUGUAAGAUUUAAAUCAUAUAGUCACAUAACAUACCAACUUCUUGAAACAAUUCAAAUGAUAUUUAAUGUUGACAUUUACAUAAACUAACAAGUUGAUCAGGUUUGUAACAAAAACAAUAAACAUUACCAGAGAAUAUCAAAAA